AUGCACUUGCAUUCAAAUUUUACAUUUUGUCAUACCCGAAUUCUUGUGUCGUUUUCAAUCUGGGUUGUUCUUCCUGUCAGAGUUGACAUUAGUAACCAAAAUCAGGAUUUACAAGUGUCGUUCCUAAUCUGGGAUGGUCUUCCUUUUACUAUAGCAAAGUCAAAAGGUCAAACCCACUGGGAAUUGGAGAGUAUAUUAAACUAUUAUACUCUAUUUAAUUACAAGAGAAGUCCUUUUACUGUGGUUGAUGCUCAGAAGAUGUUACUGUGGUUAAUCUUUACAAGACAUUACUGCGGUUCAUUAUCUAUGAGGUAUCUUUGA